GAAAUAUGUACAGCAACUGUGCCAACUGAGUUUCUCGUGCCUGUUAUCUGUCACUUAUUCUGACUAAAAGUGUGAAAGGAUGAUGUGAUGGAGAUAAACAUGGGCCGCUGGUCAGGCACUCGGCCCCCUCCGCCUUGCCUUGCCCUUCUGCUUGCCGAGCUCCUGGCCACACUCUUCCAGGUAGCACAUGGAGCCGCCCCGCUUGGCUUUCACUUCACACAUUCCACUUACAAUGCAACUGUGAACGAGAAUUCGGCAGCCAGGACCUACGUCAACAGUCAAAUGAGAAUGGGCAUUACCUUGUCCGACCUUUCUUGGGAUAUCAAGUACAGGAUAGUGUCCGGUGAUGAUGAGGGCUUUUUUAAAGCAGAGGAAGUUGUCAUUGCUGACUUUUGCUUCCUGAGAAUAAGGACUAAAGGUGGAAAUUCUGCUAUAUUAAACAGAGAAAUCCAGGACAACUAUUUAUUGAUAGUGAAAGGGUCUGUCAGAGGAGAGGACUUGGAAGCGUGGACAAAAGUGAACAUCCAGGUUUUGGAUAUGAAUGACUUAAGACCUUUGUUUUCACCAACCACCUACUCUGUCACAAUAGCAGAAAGCACUCCACUAAGGACUAGCAUUGCUCAGGUGACUGCAACAGAUGCGGAUAUUGGGUCCAAUGGCGAAUUUUAUUAUUAUUUCAAAAGCAAAGUUGAUCUCUUCUCAGUACAUCCUACAAGUGGCGUUAUCUCCUUAAGUGGCCGGUUAAACUAUGAUGAAAAAAACAGGUACGAUCUUGAGAUUUUGGCUGUGGACCGUGGGAUGAAGCUUUAUGGAAAUAAUGGUGUAAGCAGUACAGCUAAGCUUUAUGUUCACAUUGAACGUAUAAAUGAACACGCUCCAACAAUAAGUGUAGUAACGCAUAUUCCCUUCCCAUCAGACAAGGAGCCUACCUAUGCAGUCGUUAACAUCGAUGAUCUAGAUGAAGGAGCCAAUGGAGAAAUUGAAUCUGUUUCAAUUGUGGCUGGAGAUCCACUAGAGCAGUUCUUUCUGAUUAAAGAAGGCAAAUGGAUGAAUGAGUACAAAAUCAAAGAGAGAAAGCCUAUUGACUGGGACAGCUUCCCUUAUGGUUACAAUCUGACUCUCCAAGCAAAAGACAAAGGGUCUCCUCAGAAAUUUUCUGCAGUCAAACUGGUCCACAUUGCUAGUCCCAAGAAAGAAACUAUCCCCUUGAAGUUUGAAAAGGAAGCAUAUGAUGUUUCAAUCAGUGAAUUUUCACCUCCAGGUGUGGUGGUUGCAGUCGUUAAGCUGAUGCCUGAGCCCCUGGGUGUGGAAUACAGAAUAUCUCCUGGUGAGGGUGCUGAGAAUUUUAAGAUCAAUCCCAUCACAGGCCUCAUUACUACUGCUUGUUCUUUAAAAAUCAUUGAGAAGGACCUCUAUGAGUUAGAAGUGUGUACCAACAAAGGUGACGAUUUAAAAGCACAGGUUACUAUCAGGCUAGAAGAUGCCAAUGAUCACACACCGGAAUUCCAGCAGCCUUCAUACAGCUCAUUCGUCAACGAAAGUGUCCCCGUGGGGUUUAGCGUUUUGGCAGUUUCAGCAGUCGAUAAAGACAGGGGAGAAAAUGGAUACAUAACAUACAGCAUUGCUAGUCUGAACUCACUGCCAUUUAUAAUAAAUCAGUUUACAGGUGUCAUCAGCACAUCUGAAGAACUGGAUUUUGAGUCCUCACCGGAAAGCUACAGGUUCAUAGUGAGGGCUUCCGACUGGGGUUCUCCCUACCGGCAUGAAAGCGAAGUGAAUGUUACCAUAUACAUAGGUAACGUCAAUGAUAACAAACCCCUCUUUGAAAAAGUGGCAUGCCAGGGAGUGAUUUCAUCUGACUUUCCUGUCGGCGGUCACAUUACUGCUGUUUCUGCUAUAGACAUAGAUGAGUUAGAGCUUGUAAAGUACAAAAUAAUCUCUGGAAAUGAGCUUGGCAUUUUUUAUUUAAAUCCUGAUUCUGGUGUCCUGCAACUUAAAAAGUCUCUUAUUAAUUCUGGCAUAAAGAACAGCAACUUUGGCCUUAAGAUAACAGCCACUGAUGGAGAGAACUUUGCUGAUGCUAUGUUUGUUAAUAUUUCAGUAGUUCAUGGGAAAGUAUCGUCAAAGACAUUUAGCUGUAGAGAGACAAGAGUUGCACAAAGGCUAGCAGAAAAAUUGCUCAAAAAGGCAAAAGCAAACGUGAAGUUGAAUUUAGAAGACGGUUUUCUCGAUUAUUAUUCGGUGAACAGGCAGGCACCACAUUUUGACAAAACCUUCCCAACUGAUGUGAUGGUUUCGGAGGAUCUGCCAGUUGGUGCCACCAUCCUGAGGAUAAAAGCCUAUGAUGCAGACUCAGGCUUUAAUGGAAGGGUAGUUUAUACAAUUUCUGAUGGUAAUGCAGAUAGUCGUUUCAACAUUGACAUAGAGACAGGGGUACUAAAAGUUCUUAUGCCGUUGGACCGUGAAAAAACAGAUCUCUAUAUCCUUAAUAUUACAAUUUAUGAUUUAGGUAACCCACAGAAAUCUGCGUGGAGACUGUUGACUGUCACUGUAGGGGAUGCAAAUGAUAACAAGCCUAUUUUUUUACAAGACAGUUACUCAGUUAACAUUUUAGAAAGUACAGGUAUUAGUACAGAAAUUAUACAAGUAGAAGCCAGAGACAAAGACCUUGGGUCCAACGGGGAAGUGACUUACUCAGUUCUGACAGACACCCAGCAGUUUGCCAUCAACAGUUCUACGGGAGUGGUGUAUGUGGCUGAUCAACUAGAUCGGGAAACAAAAGCAAAUUACACCCUAAAAAUUGAGGCUAGGGAUAAAGCAGAGAGCGGCCAUCAGCAGUUUUCUGUUGUGCCUCUGAAGGUGUUUUUGGAUGAUGUCAAUGAUUGUUCUCCAGCCUUCAUCCCAUCCAGUUACAAUGUGAAGGUGCUUGAGGACUUGCCAGUUGGCACUGUCAUAGCUUGGUUGGAAACCCACGAUCCAGAUCUCGGCUUGGGGGGUCAGGUCCGAUACUCACUGGUGAAUGAUUACAAUGGGCGUUUUGAGAUAGACAAAGCCAGUGGUGCUAUCCGUUUGAGCAAAGAGCUGGAUUAUGAAAAGCAGCAGUUCUACAACCUGACUGUGCGCGCCAAGGACAAGGGACGCCCAGUUUCUCUCUCUUCUGUUUCUUUUGUGGAAGUGGAAGUGGUGGAUGUUAAUGAAAAUCUCUACGCUCCCUAUUUUCCUGACUUUGCUGUCAUUGGAUCUGUAAAGGAAAACUCCCGUAUUGGUACGAGUGUUUUGCAAGUUGUUGCUCGAGAUGAGGACUCUGGAAGGGAUGGAGAGAUCCAGUAUUCUAUCAGGGAUGGCAGUGGACUGGGGAGAUUCAGCAUAGAUGAAGAGACUGGAGUUAUCUACACAGCAGAUGUCCUUGACCGGGAGACAACCAAAUCCUACUGGCUGACGGUGUAUGCCACUGACCACGGGGUUGUCCCGCUCUAUGCUACCAUCGAAGUCUACAUCGAGGUGGAGGAUGUGAAUGACAAUGCCCCGCUCACCUCUGAACCCAUCUACUACCCAUCCGUCAUGGAAAACUCGCCAAAGGAUGUAUCUGUCAUUCAGAUCCAAGCCCAGGACCCUGACUCCAGCACUAAUGAAAAACUGGCAUACCGGAUUACAAGUGGAAAUCCCCAGAAUUUCUUUGCAAUCAAUCCCAAAACAGGACUGAUUACAACAACAUCAAGAAAAUUGGAUCGAGAACAGCAAGCAGAGCAUUUUUUGGAGGUGACCGUCUCAGAUGGAGGCACAUCUCCCAAGCAGUCCUCGGUUUGGGUGGUGGUCCAGGUUCUGGAUGAGAAUGACAACAAACCCCAGUUUCCAGAAAAAGUCUACCAGAUCAAGUUGCCAGAGAGGGACCGUAAGAAAAGAGGGGAGCCAAUCUACAGAGCUUUCGCUUUUGACAAAGAUGAAGGCCCUAAUGCAGAAAUCUCAUACAGCAUUGUGGAUGGAAAUGAUGAUGGGAAAUUUUUUAUUGAUCCCAAGACAGGGAUGGUGUCUUCCAGAAAGCAGUUCACAGCAGGGAGCUAUGACAUCUUAACGAUAAAAGCAGUGGACAACGGCCGGCCCCAAAAAUCUUCGACUGCACGCCUCCAUAUCGAGUGGAUCAAAAAGCCCACGCCCUCACCCGUGCCCCUGACUUUCGAUGAACCCUUCUACAACUUCACCGUCAUGGAAAGCGACAAAGUGACAGAAAUUGUUGGGGUGGUUUCUGUGCAGCCAUCCAACAUCCCUCUCUGGUUUGACAUUGUGGGUGGCAAGCAUGCUCGAGAGAUGUUCUAUAUUCUACAGACAGCUUGUGGGCAGAACUGUUCAACAGAAGGAGGGAAUUACGAUAGUUCCUUCGACGCAGAGAAGGGAGUGGGCACUAUUGUCAUUGCAAAGCCCUUGGAUGCAGAGCAGCGCUCAAUAUAUAAUAUGACUGUGGAGGUCACCGACGGAACAAACACUGCCACGACCCAGGUCUUUAUCAAAGUGUUGGAUAACAACGAUAAUGGUCCGGAAUUUUCUCAGCCAAGUUAUGAUGUCACCAUCUCAGAGGACAUCCUCCCCGACACUGAAAUUCUGCAGAUUGAAGCUAUAGACAGAGAUGAAAAACAUAAACUGAGCUACACUAUUCACAGCAGCAUUGAUGCAAUCAGCAUGAGAAAAUUCAGAAUUGAUCCCAGUGCUGGGGUGCUCUAUACUGCGGAGAGAUUAGACCAUGAAGCUCAAGAUAAGCACAUCCUCAAUGUCAUGGUCCGAGAUCAAGAAUUCCCUUAUAGAAGAAACCUGGCCAGAGUCAUCAUAAAUGUGGAAGACUCCAAUGACCACAGCCCUUACUUCACCAGCCCACUGUAUGAAGCCUCAGUAUAUGAAUCAGCAGCUGUGGGAUCAGCAGUUUUACAGGUCACAGCUUUAGACAAAGACAAAGGAGAAAAUGCAGAGCUUGUCUACACUAUUGAAGCAGGAAAUACAGGAAACACAUUCAAGAUUGAACCAGUUUUAGGGAUCAUUACAUUACUGAAGGAGCCAGACCUGACUACAAUGGGACAGUUUGUUCUGUCGGUUAAAGUGGCUGAUCAGGGUUCUCCACCCCUGUCUGCAACAGCAAUUGUACGGAUAUCGGUGACAAUGGCAGAUAACUCCCACCCUAAGUUUACCCUAAAAGAAUACCAAGCUGAGGUUAAUGAAAAUGUGGAUAUUGGUACUUCUGUCAUCUCUCUUUCUGCAAUCAGUCAGUCCACAUUAGUUUAUGAGAUUAAAGAUGGGAAUGUGGAUGGAAUCUUCGCUAUAAACCCAUAUUCUGGAGUCAUCACCAGUCAAAAGGCCCUUGAUUAUGAACGUGCUUCCUUCUAUCAACUCAUUGUACAGGCAACGAAUAUGGCAGGGAUGGCAUCAAAUGCCACAGUGAACAUUCAGAUUGUUGAUGAAAAUGAUAACCCUCCAGUUUUUCUCUUCUCUCAGUACUCAGGCAGCAUAAGUGAAGCUGCUCCCAUAAACAGCAUUGUCCGGAGUGCAAAUAACAGUCCCCUUGUGAUUCGUGCCACUGAUGCUGACAGUAACCAGAAUGCCUUGCUUGUCUACCAGAUUGUUGAAUCUACUGCAAAGAAGUAUUUCACGGUAGAUUCCAGCACGGGUGCAAUCAGAACAAUUGCAAAUUUAGAUCACGAAACAAUAGCCCACUUCCACUUCCAUGUUCAUGUUAGAGAUAGUGGAAAUCCCCAGCUUACAGCAGAGAGUCCUGUCGAAGUUACCAUUGAGGUAACUGAUGUCAAUGACAACUCACCAGUCUUCAGUCAAGCAGUGUUUGAGACUGUCUUGCUUCUGCCCACAUAUGUUGGUGUUGAGGUUCUCAAAGUCAAGGCUACAGACCCAGAUUCAGAGAUCCCUCCUGAACUCACGUAUAGUCUAAUUGAAGGCAAUAUGGAUCAUUUUUUGAUUGACUCAAACACAGGCGUACUCACCAUUAGGAACAGUAGCCUCUCCAAAGACCAUUAUAUGCUAAUAGUAAGAGUAUCUGACGGGAAAUUUUACAGCACUGCUAUGGUGACAGUAAUGGUAAAAGAAGCCAUGGAUAGCGGGCUACAUUUCACACAGAGCUUUUAUUCUACUUCUAUCUCAGAAAACACCACCAACAUCACAAAGAUCGCUGUGGUAAAUGCUGUUGGUAACCGUCUUAAUGAGCCCUUGAAGUACAGCAUAUUGAACCCAGGCAACAAAUUUAAAAUCAAAUCCACCUCAGGAGUCAUUCAGACAACUGGUAUAUCCUUUGAUCGAGAGGAGCAAGAGCUGUAUGAAUUGGUGGUGGAAGCAAGCCGUGAACUGGACCACCUUCGUGUUGCUCGAGUGGUAGUGAGGGUUUACAUUGAGGAUAUAAAUGACAAUGCACCGGUGUUUGUAGGGCUUCCGUACUACGCUGCUGUGCAAGUUGAUGCUGAGCCUGGUACCCUGAUAUAUCGAGUGACGGCUAUUGAUAAAGAUAAGGAUGAAAAUGGUGACGUGUCAUAUCUUCUGAAGGAAGACUAUGGACAUUUUGAAAUAGAUAGGGGAACUGGUAGCGUCACUCUAAAAGAAGCUUUCAAUUCUGACUUAUCUAAUAUAGAGUAUUUGGUUGUAAUUCUUGCAAAAGAUGGUGGCAACCCAUCACUGUCUGCUUCAGUAGAGCUCCCCAUUACUAUUGUUAACAAAGCUAUGCCUGUGUUUGACAAGCCCUUCUACACAGCCUCUGUGAAUGAAGACAUAGAAAUCCACACACCAAUUUUAAGCAUAAAUGCAACCAGUCCAGAAGGCCAGGGUAUCAUUUAUAUCAUUGUUGAAGGAGAUCCUUAUAACCAGUUUAAUAUUGAUUUUGAUACUGGGGUUCUAAGUGUCAUCAGCCCAUUGGACUAUGAAAUAAAUUCUCUUUUCAAGCUGAUGGUGAGAGCCAGCGAUGCCCUCACUGGUGCUCGAGCUGAAGUCACUGUGGACUUGGUCAUUAAUGAUGUCAACGAUAAUCCUCCAGUUUUUGAUCAGUCAGCUUACAAUGCUACUCUGUCUGAAGCAUCUUUGAUUGGGACUCCUGUAUUGCAGGUUGUUGCUACUGAUGCUGACUCUGACAAUAACAAAAUUGUGCAGUAUCAGAUAGUCCAAGACACCUUUAACAGUACGGAUUAUUUCCAUAUAGACAGCACAAGUGGCUUAAUUCUGACAGCACGUAUGUUGGAUCAUGAACUCAUACAGCAGUGCAGCUUGAAAGUCAGGGCAACUGAUAAUGGAUUCCCACCACUUAGCAAUGAGGUUCUUGUUAGUAUUUCAAUAACAGAUAUGAAUGAUAACCCUCCUGUUUUUAACCAGCUGAUAUACGAAUCGUAUGUAAGUGAGCUGGCACCUCGGGGUCAUUUUGUGACUUGUGUCCAAGCCUCUGAUGCUGACAGCUCCGAUUUUGACAGACUGGAGUACAGUAUUCUAUCAGGAAAUGAUCGGACCAGUUUCAUUAUGGAUAGCAAGAGUGGUGUAAUCACCCUUUCCAACCAUCGGAAGCAGAGGAUGGAGCCUAUGUACAGCCUAAAUGUCUCUGUCUCAGAUGGGUUGUUCACCAGCACAGCUCAGGUGCAUAUUCAGAUCCUUGGUGCCAACCUCUACAGCCCUGUGUUUUCACAGAGUGUUUAUGUUGCAGAGGUCAGAGAAAAUGCAGCUCCUGGAACUAAAGUGCUCCAUGUGAAGGCCACAGAUGGAGAUUCGGGUGUAUAUGGCCAGAUAAGCUACUCCAUAAUAAACGACUUUGCCAAGGACCGAUUUUUGAUUGAUAGCAACGGGCAGAUCCUGACAACCGAACGCUUAGACCGGGAGAACUUGCUGGAAAGUGAUAUCGGGAUAUUUCUGAGAGCGCUUGAUGGAGGUGGCAGGACGACGUUUUGCACUGUGAGAGUGAUAGUAGUGGAUGAGAAUGACAAUGCUCCCCAGUUUAUGACAGUUGAAUACCGAGCAAGUGUCAAAGCGGAUGUUGGGAAGGGUUACUUGGUGACCCAAGUGCAAGCAGUAGAUCCAGAUGAUGGAGCCAAUUCUAGAAUUACCUAUUCUCUGUAUAGUGAGGCCUCAGUUUCAGUAGCUGAUCUGCUUGAAAUAGAUCCAGACAAUGGAUGGAUGGUCACCAAGGGUAGCUUUAACCAACUGAAAAACACAGUUCUGUCAUUCUUUGUCAAAGCAGUUGAUGGUGGCAUUCCCGUGAAGCAUUCUCUCAUCCCUGUCUACAUCCAUGUUUUACCUCCAGAAACUAUUUUGCCGUCCUUUUCCCAACCUCAGUAUUCCUUCACCUUAGCAGAAGACACCCUCAUUGGCAGCACCAUUGACAUUGUGCAUAUUGUGCCUAAUCAGGGGGCUUUGUAUAGCACAGUUAAUGGAGAGCUGACAGAAAACAAUAAAGAUGGUAUAUUCGUCAUUGAACAAGAUACAGGACUAAUAAAACUGGAUAAGAGACUUGACCAUGAGACAAAUUCUGCUUUUCACUUCAAAGUGGCAGCCACCAUUCAGUUAGACAAAGUAGACAUUGUCUUGACGGUGGAUGUGGAGGUUAAGGUGUUGGAUGUAAAUGAUAACAAGCCUGUGUUUGAAACAGCUAGCUAUGAAGCCAUAAUAAUGGAAGGGAUGCCUAUAGGAACAAAACUUAUGCAAGUUAAAGCAGUUGAUGUAGACUCAAGUGCAAAUGGGCAGGUCACAUAUACACUUGCAGUGGAAUCGGAGCUGGAAAAGAUCACAGAAGCUUUCACCAUUGAUAGCAACAGUGGCUGGAUCAGCACACUGAAGGAUCUGGACCACGAGAAAGAUCCCACUUUCACUUUUGCAGUGGUGGCCUCAGAUCUGGGGGAAACAUUAUCCCUGUCAUCAACCACCUUGGUCUCAGUUGCUGUGACGGACAUAAAUGAUAACGCACCUGUCUUUGAGCAUGAGGUGUACAGAGGGUCUGUGAAGGAGAGUGACCCCCCCGGGGAGGUGGUGGCUGUCCUUAGCACGUGGGAUGAAGACACAUCUGAUGUCAACCGGCAGGUCAGCUUCCAUAUUACAGGGGGGAAUCCCAAAGGGAAGUUUGCUCUAGGACUGGUUCAGAAUGAGUGGAAGGUUUACGUAAAAAGGCCACUAGAUCGGGAAGAACAAGACGUUUAUUAUCUGAACAUCACUGCCACAGAUGGCCUCUUUGUAACCCAAGCUGCAGUGGAAGUGACUGUCACUGACAUUAAUGAUAAUAGCCCGGUUUGUGAACAGGUUGCAUACACAGCACUGUUUCCUGAAGACAUUCCUUCAAACAAAGUCAUUCUAAAAAUCAGUGCUAAAGAUGCUGACAUUGGGUCCAACGGUGAAAUUCGCUACUCUCUUUACGGUCCUGGGAACAAUAAAUUUUUCUUAGAUCCAGAAAAUGGUGAGCUGAAAUCCUUGGCCCCACUGGACCGAGAGAAAAUCCCUGUGUACAACUUGAUUGCUCGAGCUACAGAUGGUGGUGGCAGGUUUUGCCAGUCAGAAAUCCAUCUUAUUUUAGAAGAUGUUAAUGAUAAUCCACCAGUGUUUUCAUCUGAUCACUACACUGCUUGUGUCUAUGAGAAUACAGCCACUAAAGCUUUGCUAACAAGAGUCCAAGCUACUGAUCCCGAUGUUGGUGUGAACAGAAAAGUGACCUAUUCCCUUGCAGACUCUGCAGAUGGUUACUUCUCAGUUGACCGGUCAUCAGGAAUCAUUAUUUUGGAGCAUCCACUUGAUAGAGAGCUUCAGUCUUCCUAUAACAUCAGUGUAAAGGCCUCAGAUCAGAGUAUUGUACUGACCUUGUCCUCAUUUGCUACUGUUACCAUUACAGUGCUAGAUAUUAAUGACAAUCCCCCUGUGUUUGAAAGGAGAGAUUAUCUUGUUACAGUACCUGAAGACACUUCACCUGGCACUGAAGUCCUCUCUGUUUUUGCUACAAGCCAGGACAUUGGCACUAAUGCUGAGAUUACCUAUCUCAUCAGAUCUGGGAACGAGAAGGGAAGGUUCAACAUUAACUCAAAAACAGGAGCCAUUUCCAUUUCUGAAUCUUUGGAUUAUGAAUCGUGUAAGGAUUUCUACUUAGUCGUGGAAGCAAAAGAUGGAGGUACUCCAGCCCUGAGCGCUGUUACGACUGUGAACGUCAACGUGACGGAUGUCAAUGACAACGCACCAAAAUUCAGCCAGGUGGUCUACAGUGCAGUCAUCAGUGAAGAUGCUGCAAUUGGUGAUUCCGUUAUAAUGUUGAUAGCAGAAGAUCUGGACAGUCCUUCCAAUGGCCAAAUUCAUUUUUCCAUAGUGAGUGGUGAUCAAGACAAUGAAUUUUCAGUCGAUCCUGGUUCAGGACUUGUGAAGGUUAAAAAGAAAUUGGAUAGAGAAAGGAUAUCUGGUUAUUCAUUGGUUAUUCAGGCAAGAGACAGUGGAACCCCUCCUCUGUCUUCAUCUGUGACGGUCAACGUGGACAUUUCUGAUGUGAACGAUAACAGCCCUGUGUUUACUCCAGCUAAUUAUACAGCUGUAAUUCAAGAAAAUAAACCAGUGGGCACAAGCAUUUUGCAGCUGGUAGUGACAGACAAAGACUCUUUUCACAAUGGCCCUCCUUUUACCUUCACCAUCCUCACUGGCAAUGAAGAGGAGGAGUUUACACUGGACCCUAACGGUGUCUUGAGAUCUGCAGUCAUCUUCAGACACAUGGUUGCAACCGAAUAUGUGCUCUGCGUGCAGGCCAAAGACUCUGGGAAGCCUCAGCAGGUUUCCCACACCUACGUUCAGGUGAGGGUUAUCGAAGAAAGCAUCCACAAGCCAACUGCCAUUCCACUGGAGAUUUUCAUUGUCACCAUGGAAGAUGAUUUUCCAGGUGGAGUCAUUGGAAAAAUUCACGCCACGGAUCAGGAUGUGUAUGAUGUCCUCACUUACACACUAAAAUCAGAGCAGAAAAGUUUGUUCAAGGUUAAUAAUCACGACGGGAAGAUCAUUGCCCUAGGAGGGCUCGAUAACGGCAAGUACAUCCUCAAUGUGUCUGUCAGUGAUGGCCGCUUCCAGGUCCCCAUCGAUGUUGUGGUCCACGUUGAGCAAUUACUUCAGGAAAUGCUGCAGAACACCGUCACCAUCCGCUUCGAGAACGUUUCCCCAGAAGACUUUGUGGGCCUUCACAUGCACGGCUUCAGGCGCACCUUGCGGAACGCGGUGCUGUCUCAGAAACAAGACAGCCUGCACAUCAUCAGCAUUCAGCCAGUGGCAGGCAGCAAUCAGCUCGACAUGCUAUUUGCAGUUCAGAUGCACAGCGGCGGUUUCUAUAAGCCUGCCUUUUUGAUUCAGAAGCUUACCAAUGCCAGGAGACACUUGGAAAAUGUGAUUCGUAUUUCUGCUAUCUUGGAGAAGAAUUGCUCUGGACUGGAUUGUCAGGAACAACACUGUGAACAAAGUCUAUCUAUUGAUUCCCAUUCCCUGAUGACCUACAGCACGGCAAGAAUUAGUUUUGUGUGCCCCCGCUUUUACCGGAAUGUGCGCUGCAUGUGCAAUGGAGGACUGUGCCCAGGGUCUAACGAUCCCUGUCUGGAGAAGCCGUGCCCGGGGGACAUGCAGUGUGUGGGGUACGAAGCCAACCGGAGACCUUUCAUCUGCCAGUGCCCGCCAGGGAAGCUUGGCGAAUGCUCAGGCCACACUUCCCUUAGCUUUGCUGGGAAUAGUUACAUUAAAUACCGCGUUUCUGAAAACAGCAAGAAAGAGGAAUUCAAGUUGGCUCUACGUCUGCGAACCCUGCAAAGCAAUGGGAUUAUAAUGUACACCAGAGCAAAUCCCUGUAUAAUUCUGAAGAUUGUUGAUGGCAAACUGUGGUUCCAGUUGGACUGUGGGACUGGCCCGGGGAUCCUGGGAAUUUCUGGCAGGGCUGUCAAUGAUGGCAGCUGGCACUCAGUUUUCCUGGAGCUGAAUCGCAACUUCACGAGCUUGUCCCUGGACGACAGCUACGUGGAGCGCCGCAAAGCCCCCCUCUAUUUCCAGACCCUCAGCACGGAUAGCUCUGUCUAUUUUGGAGCACAGGUGCAAGUGGAUAACGUCCGCAGCCUGACCGACAAGAGAACCACGCAGGUCUUGAGCGGCUUCCAGGGCUGCCUGGAUUCAGUCGUGCUAAACAACAACGAGCUGCCGCUGCAGAACAAGCGCAGCAGCUUUGCAGAAGUGGUUGGCUUGACGGAGCUGAAACUCGGCUGCGUGCUGUACCCCGACGCGUGCGAGCGGCAUCCCUGCCAGAACGGCGGCACCUGUACCAGCGUGCCAUCUGGUGGCUACCAGUGCAAUUGCCUCUCACAGUUUACUGGAAGAAAUUGUGAAUCAGAGAUCACAGCCUGCUUCCCAAAUCCAUGCCGGAAUGGAGGCUCAUGCGAUCCCAUUGGCAAUGCUUUCAUCUGCAACUGCAAAAAUGGUCUGACUGGAGUAACGUGUGAAGAAGACAUCAAUGAGUGCGAAAGAGAAGAAUGUGAAAAUGGUGGUUCCUGCGUGAACGUAUUUGGUUCAUUCCUGUGCAACUGCACGCCUGGCUACGUGGGGCAGUACUGUGGUCUUCGCCCUGUGGUGGUUCCCAAUAUACAAGCAGGGCAUUCCUAUGUCGGCAAGGAAGAGCUGAUAGGAAUAGCUGUGGUUCUGUUUGUCAUAUUUGUGUUGAUCGUCCUGUUUAUAAUUUUCCGCAAGAAAGUGUUCCGGAAGAACUAUUCCCGCAAUAACAUCACGCUGGUACAGGAUCCAGCCACUGCCGCCCUGCUCAACAAGAGCAAUGGCAUCCAGUUCAAGAACAUCAGGAACAGCGGAGACAGCAGGAACAUCUACCAGGAGGUUGGGCCUCCACAGGUCCCUGUGAGGCCGAUGGCCUACACCCCAUGCUUCCAGAGUGACUCGCGGAAUAACCUGGACAAGAUAGUGGAUGGGCUUGGCGUGGAGCACCAGGAGAUGACAACAUUUCAUCCCGAGUCCCCCCGGAUCCUGACAGCCAGGCGGGGUGUGGUGGUGUGCAGCGUGGCUCCCAACUUGCCCGCAGUGUCUCCCUGCCGCUCCGACUGUGACUCCAUCAGGAAGAGCACGUGGGAUGCUGGAACGGAAAGUAAAGGGGUUGAUGACGCUGAAGAAGUGACCUGUUUUGCAGGAAGUAAUAAAGGCAGCAACUCUGAAGUGCAGUCCCUCAGCUCCUUCCAGUCUGACUCCGGUGAUGAUAAUGCUUCCAUAGUGACUGUCAUACAGCUUGUCAACAAUGUAGUUGACACUAUAGAAAAUGAAGUGUCUGUCAUGGACCAAGGACAGAACUACAACAGAGCGUACCAUUGGGAUACCUCAGACUGGAUGCCAAGUGCUCGUUUAUCUGACAUAGAGGAAGUGCCCAAUUUUGAAACGGCGGACGGAGGCUCGGCUCAUCACGGCAGCACCAGAGAGCUGGAGACGGAUUACUAUCUUGGUGGCUACGACAUCGACAGCGACUACCCACCCCCUCACGAAGAGGAGUUUCUGAGCCAGGACCAGUUACCACCUCCUCUUCCAGAGGAUUACCCAGACCAGUACGAAACCCUCCCGCCCUCACAGCCGGUCUCGAUGGCAAAUACUCUCAGCCCCGACUGCCGGCGACGGCCGCACUUCCACCCCAGCCAAUACCUCCCUCCUCACCAGUUCCCCCAUGAGACAGACACCACAGGGGCUCAGACUGGGAAUGAGUUUAGUACUUUUGCUGUUGGCCCAAGUCAGAACACAGAAAACGUUAGUGCAGGUAAGAUGCCCUUAACCUUGCACAACUCUCUAGAUGCCUCCUCCUCUGACGUCUCAGCCAGCUGCGGCUUUGAUGACUCCGAAGUAGCCAUGAGUGACUUUGAAAGCGUGGAGGAACUCAAACUAGAAAAUGUGCACAUUCCAUUUGUGGAGACCCAGCAUCAGACACAAGUGUAAAAGGAAGCUCCCUUCUUCUUUCUCUUCUUCCUCUUUUUUUUUCUUCUUUUUUUUUUUGUCAUUUGAUCCAAUUAAUAGUAUAAAUAUUGAGAAGAAAUUUUGCUGAAGGUGUAUCUAUAUAUAUUGGGCAAUGCAAAAACACAGUAUAACCCAUUAUUAACUUGUUCAGAAAUGGUAUUGUAUGUGCAGACAUGAAGAGACCAAUUGUGUUAAGUAUUACACAUUACAAAAUUGUUACAGACAAUCGGGUGAGUGUGUACCUUCUAUUUAUUACAAGAGUAAAACUUAUGAGGAAGGGGAAAAUGAUCUCAUUGCUGAAUAAAUUCUUUUUCUCCCUCCCACCUCCACCUAGGGUUUGGGGUUGUUUUUUUUUUUUUGUCGUUGUUGUAUUAUUAAAAGUGUUACAGUGUUAUGUUCUUCCUACAGUAUUAAAGAACUGGUAUGGAUGAUUCCAAGAGGCAAUGUUGCAUGAAAUAUUGUCAGUGAAAGAGUGAAAGCAAUUGAUCGCUGAGGCUGCUAUGUACAUCACAUCAGAUGGCUUAAAGAACAGCAUUUACAAAUUGACAUAUCAGAGAUAGUCAUUUGUCCAUAAAUAUUUGUCUACGGUUUCCUUUGUUACAUAAUAUUUCAUUCUACUUCAUGCACAUAUACAGCAACGCAUGUACAGCAUAUAUUCCCUCUAAAUCAGCCCACUUUGGUUGCCAUUUUUCAACACGGUGUCAGACAUAUGUGUACAACUUCACUGGUGAGAACUUCCCUUGACUGCUGCAUGACGUGUGAACAUGGAUCUGAAAGCAGUUGGAAACCUAGGGUAUCUGUGUAACACGGAUGUUGGUUUU